CCUUCACCAAAAUAUAAUCACCUACUCCUUUUUAUUCUUCUUUCCUUCCCAUUCUUCUUUCCCUAAAUAGUAAAAUAUGGCUAAGUUUUUUUCCCCUGCUGGUUAUAAUCUCAUUAUUUUCUUCAUUAUGAUCAGUCGUUUAAUCUCCAUUAUAGGAAAGUCAAGCCCUUGGAAUCCUUCAAUUCCUUAUGAUAUUCUUUCCCUUAAUAUUUCAUCUAAACUUAGCAUAAAUUCAGAUGCCAUUAAAGCAUCUUCGAAAGAUUUUGGAAAAAUUGUUCAAGAAAUAUUACCAGCUGCAGUUCUUUAUCCUUCUUCUGUUAAUGACAUAAUUGACCUCAUUCAAUUUUCCUAUGGACUUUCUGUCCCUUUUCCUGUAGCAGCCAGAGGUCAUGGCCAUUCCAUUAGGGGACAAGCCAUGGCUCCAAAUGGGGUUAUUGUGGACAUGAAAUCUUUAAAUAAUAAUAAUAAUAAUAAUGAUAGAAAUAAUGGGAAUUGUGGAAUUAGGGUUUCUUGGGAUUCUUCUUUAGGGUUUUAUGCGGAUGUCGGAGGUGAGCAGUUAUGGAUUGAUGUUCUUCAUGCCACCCUCAAGCAUGGCCUAGCACCCGUCUCGUGGACGGAUUAUUUGUACCUCACCGUUGGUGGUACGCUCUCUAACGCCGGAAUUAGUGGACAAAUUUUCCGGCAUGGUCCUCAAAUCAGUAAUGUUCAUGAAAUGGAUGUUAUUACAGGUAAAGGGGAAUUGGUGACUUGCUCCAAACACAUGAAUUCAGAAUUGUUCUUUUCAGUUUUAGGAGGUUUAGGGCAGUUUGGAAUAAUAACCAGGGCAAGAAUUGUCUUAGAUAAAGCCCCAACAAGAGUGAAAUGGGUGAGAAUGUUGUAUGAUGAUUUCUCAAAAUUCACAAAAGAUCAAGAACAUCUUAUUUCAAUUGAUGGAUUGGACUAUGUUGAAGGCUCACUAAUGAUGGAACAAAGCUCUGUAAAUAACUGGAGAUCUUCAUUUUUCUCACCUUCCAAUCAGACCAAAAUUAGUCGCUUAUUAUCCCAAAAUGGAAUUAUCUAUUGCUUAGAAAUGGUCAAGUACUAUGAUGAUCACACAGCUAAUACUAUUGAUGAGGACUUGAAGAAGUUGGCAAAAGGGUUGAACUAUUUGCCUGGAUUUAUGUUCAAGAAAGAUGCCACUUUUGUGGAAUUUCUGAAUAGAGUAAGAAGUGGGGAACUAGAGCUGCAAUCAAAAGGAAUGUGGGAUGUUCCUCAUCCAUGGCUCAAUCUGUUUGUACCAAAGUCAUCUAUCAUGGAUUUCAAUGCUGCUGUUUUUGUAGACAUCAUUCUCAGACAAAACAAACCAACAGGGCCCAUCCUUGUCUACCCAACAAGCAGGAAAAAAUGGGAUGAUAGGAUGUCAGCAGUGAUACCAGAGGAGGAGACAUUUUACUGUGUGGGGCUAUUGCAUUCUGCAAGUGGAUAUGAUGAGUGCAAGAUUUUGGAUGACCAAAAUGAAGAAAUCUUGAACUACUGUGAUAAAGCUGGCCUAAACAUAAAGCAGUAUCUUCCACAUUACAAAACAAAGGAAGAUUGGACAAAACAUUUUGGGAGAAAGUGGAACAUUUUUCAACAAAGGAAAACUCAGUUUGAUCCAAAGAUGAUUCUAUCACCUGGACAAAGAAUUUUUAAUUAGCUUUUCACCAAUAAGAGGUAGGAUAAAGCAUAGGGGCUGGGGCAUGUAUUUAAUUAGUUGUAUUGAGCUACAAAUAGAUUAAAGUAGAGUCAAGUUAUUACUGUUUUAGUUGAUAUUUGUUUCAGCUGGUAUUAUACUGGAAGAUGAACUGAAUGAUGUAGUGUUUUUACUUGAUUAUAAUAUAUCCAGUCUUUUGCACCAAAAAAGAAGGAAAAAAUAUAUAAACUAUAUAAAAGUCUAAAUUCUUUUGUG